AUGUGGGAGUACUACGAGAACAAGUCGGUUCUGGUGACAGGCGGAUCUGGGUUUCUAGGUACAGCCAUCGUCCAUCGCGUACUCACGACCACUUCAGUGUCGUGUAUCUACUUGAUAUGUAGAGGAGGUAUUGAGAAACUCCAAGCCAGGUGGAGACAAUGGUUACCUCAUGGGGUAGUAGAUAAACUUUGUGAUCCAAAUCGCCUGAUUGUGUUCGAUGGUGACAUUCUACUCCCCGAUCUGGGGCUCUCAAUAGUCGAAUUGGACACCGUACGAAACAAUGCUAGCAUCGUGAUUCAUACGGCAUCCUCUAUCAAUCUUGUACAGCCAUUACACCGCUUGUCAAAUUCGAUCAUCGAAGCCACUGAAAUGAUCGCAGAGUUAGCUCUUACAUUCAAAACACUUGAACGCUUCGUCUAUGUAUCUACCGCCUAUGCAAACACUCACAUCUAUACUCGGAGUCCAGAAUGGGACUCAAAAAUCGACGAGGAGAUAUAUGAGCUUUCAACAAACCAAAGCAGCCCUCUUGAUGAGUUCGAUGAAGUGCGCAAAAAUGGAACAAGCCUGGCAUAUGAAGCGGAAAACUUUCCCUGGGCCUAUGCCUAUUGCAAACACCUGGCAGAAAGGUUGCUGGUACACCUAUUCGGUGAUCGUGCUGCAAAAGAAAAGAUCCUCAUUAUUCGUCCGUCCGUCAUCGGCCCUUCUCAGCAGCUCCCAUUUCCAGGUUAUGUCAUGCCUAUGUCGUCCCCAUGCACAAUGCUUGCCGCAGCAUUAGCCUUGGCCCCACAUUGGCAUAUACGGAUUGCAACAAGUAUGGAGAAUCCAUCCCUGGAUGCUCAUUACGAUGAAGUCCCUGUUGAUGUGGUUGCAGACCGCCUUCUUUGUCAUCUUGCUAUUGGAUCGCACGGCUGUGUUCAUGCAGUUAGCGGGGUCAGGUCUCGAAUGAGACUAGAGGCAUUCCGGCAAUCACUGACAAAGCUUCGUCGGAUUCCCUGGGAUCUGCGGCCUGUGUGGGUAGCAGGUGAUUGGAAAUCUCCGGACCAACAUCCAAUAAGUCGACUGUAUGGAAUUUUGGGAACUUCAUUCGCCUUCUCGGAGGACAGAACAAUAGCCAUGCGCCAGGCACUUUCUGAGAAGGAGUGUUUGGAUCUGCAAUUGUUUACAGAAAUUGAUAUGAGCGAUCAUCUCCUGACUAGGACUGAGCACAUUCGUUAUGCUAUGGAUCAAUUUGCUCGCAAGAGUGUGCUGGCAUGGCUGAUAGUCUGGCUCUUUUAUUCCAACUAUGGUAAAGCCAACUGUUCUGCUCAGCUGUGA